CAACGGAAUCACACUUCGAGAACAAACUUAUUGGAAACGCUUCUCGCACUACCGACAAAAUUAAGUGAACAGUGAUCGCACGCAUCAUCAUGGACUACUCGAAAGCUACAUCCAAGUUUGGCGUGGUUGACUACUGCGUGUUCACGGUGAUGCUGGUUGGGUCGCUGGGCAUCGGCUUCUUCCACUGCCUCCGUGGCAAGAACACCACGCACGACUUCCUGCUAGCCGGCCGCUCCAUGUCGCCCUGGCCAAUUGCGCUCUCACUCACCGCCACUUUCAUAUCGUCCAUUUCUAUUCUUGGUUACGUCGGAGAAGUCUAUGGUCACGGCAUUCAAUUGAUGUGGAGCUUAGUAGGAAAUUUCCUCGGUGUUGUCGUGGCGGCCAAGGUCUUCGCUCCCAUCAUAUACAACAUGAAGCUCGAGAGCGUCAAUCAGUACCUGGAGCAGCGCUUCGGUUCACCGAUGCUGAAGAAGCUUGUGAUGAGCACGUCGUCGUUAAGUAGUCUCUUCUACCUGGGCUUGUGUCUGUACGCCCCAACCCUCGCCCUCGAGUCUGUGACACCCUUCUCGUCCAACACUUAUAUCGUCUUGCUGGGCAUGGUGGUCACCGUCUAUUCUUCUUGUGGCGGCAUGAAAGCGGUAGUGUGGACGGACGCCUUCCAGACGCUCAUAAUCAUACUGGGUGUGAUCGUGGCGACGAUCUGUGCCGUGGUGUUCGCGGGGGGACCAGCGGCCGUGUGGUCCGUAGCCUCUGAGCACGGACGCACCCAAGGCUUAGAUUUUCGUAUGGGACUACACGUACGCCACACGGUAUUCAACGUGAUAAUGAUGAGUUUUAUGAACUUCCUUGGCCAUUUUUCAUUCAACCAAUCAACCGUUCAACGCUUGGGAACCAUGCCUACACUCGACAAAGUUAGCAUGGUUUUGUACCUGAACCUCUUUGGGCUACUCGCGCUUCAGGCGCUGCUCUUUUUUUGCGGGAUGGCGAUCUUCGCUGUGUACGCGGGCUGCGAUCCUAUCACCUUAGGCUUCAUCUCGACCAAAGACCAGAUCCUGCCAUACUACGUGCUCGACUAUCUGGGAUACCUGCAGGGAGUUCCUGGGCUUUUCGUUGCGUGCCUCAUCAGCGGCACAAUGAGUUCGAUUUCAUCUCAGCUGAACACCGUACCGACGAUGCUCUGGAUUGAUUUCCUAUCCCAAAUCGAAUAUUUCAAGCAAGCGCCUCAACGAAUACAAACACUCGCUACAAAAAUCCUAACGUUCACGAUGGGUCUCGGGAUGAUGGGACUGGCGUUUGUAGCGGCUAAGAUGGGAGGCUUGAUCCAGGCGACCGCUACGUUGCUCAGCAUCCUGAACGGUCCCACGAUGGGCGUUUUUUUACUGGGAUUUUGUGUGCCUUUUUGCAAUUUUAAGGGCGCUAUGGCCGGUGUCUUCUCUUCCGUGACAUUCAUGGCCUGGCUUUCGAUUGGCAUGCAAAUGUACGGAGGUCGACCAGAGAUGCUGCCGCUGCACAUCUCGCAGUGUCCCGUGGGGGACCUCAAUGCCACCCUCUCGGACUUGUCUCCCGCGACACCCUCUUCAGCAGUGACACUGGAUGAGCUGAGCGACGAACCUGAGAUGGAAGACUCGUUGGCAGGUUUCUACGGCAUCUCAUACACGUUCUUGUCAGCGAUUGGCAUGUCUGUGUGCGUGGUCGUCGGCUCUGUAGUGUCGCUGCUCACAGGAGGCCAAGACAUGGAGGAGCUUGACCCCGAAUUCGUUCUUCCAUGCCUUAGAAAAUAUGUCUCCAGAAAAUCCAAGUUACAGGAAACAGAAUUGAAAAAAUUCUUGAAUACUUCCACUUCAUUCACCGCCGAAAAAUCUCUUGAGCAAAAACUAACUGAUGGACACCAACCUGAUUAAAAAAAUGUCGUUGUCUAUUGAAAAUUUACGUCGUAGCAAAAUUAAGAGCGUAGAAGAUAUACAAAGGAUAACAUGAUUUAAUAAGGGACCAAAUUACUCGUAUAUUCUGUCCAGUACCGCUUGCUGCAAGUUUCAAUUGAUUUUUUUCACUUGCUUUAGCGAUGAGCCAAAUAGUUGAAUAGUAAACUUCCAGGGCAUGGAAGCAUUAAUGUGUCUCUAUUUAAGAUGAUGAGGACAAUACAAUUAUUUAUAUCACUGUAUGUUAUUGCACUGUACAAAUAAAUUAUGCAUGCAGCUAUAUUCUGUUGUGACAUAUGAAGCAAUGAAAUGCCGUAUUACCUGAGGACUGCAUGUUGAUGUACCCAUCGAUGCAACACAGUAAAUGACACCAUCAAUCUGUAUUACUUAUGGACUGCAUGUUGAUGUAACCAUCGAUGCAACACAAUAAAUGACACCAUCAAACUGUAUUACCUGUGGACUGCAUGUUGAUGUACCCGUCGAUGCAACACAAUAAAUGACACCAUCAAACUGUAUUACCUGUGAACUGCAUGUUGAUGUACCCGUCGAUGCAACACAAUAAAUGACACCAUCAAACUUUAUUACCUGAGC